UCUCACACAAUACACACAAGUAACCAGUUUUCUCUCUCAUUUUCUCAGUUUUUCUCUCUCUCCGUUUUUGAAAAGAUUUUUGUUUCUACUUUGGGAAGCUUUCCGCUACAAUGUCAAAUCGUGGUGGUGGUGGUCACGGCGGCGCUAGUCGUGGUCGAGGAGGUGGACGAAGGUCUGACCAGAGACAAGAUCAGUCUUCUGGUCAAGUUGCUUGGCCGGGUUUACAACAAAGCUACGGUGGUCGUGGUGGUUCUGUUUCCGCCGGUAGAGGUCGUGGAAACGUCGGAAGAGGUGAAAAUACUGGAGAUCUGACGGCGACGCAAGUUCCGGUUGCUUCUGCUGUUUCUGGCGGGAGAGGUCGUGGUAACAUCGGAGAUCCGACGUUUUCUGUUGCGUCUUCGUCUAAGACGGUGUCUGUUGCUUCUUCAUCUAAAGAGGAAAGUAAGAAUACGGAGGUUUCUGAGACCAUGUCGAACCUUCAGAUUACUUCGACGGAGACGAAACCUGAAAUGACGUCACUUCCUCCGGCGUCAUCUAAAGCGGUUACGUUUCCGGUACGGCCAGGACGUGGUACUUUGGGGAAGAAAGUCAUGGUUCGUGCGAAUCAUUUCCUUGUUCAAGUUGCUGAUCGUGAUCUCUACCAUUACGAUGUUUCGAUCAAUCCUGAGGUUAUAUCAAAGACAGUGAACAGAAACGUGAUGAAACUUCUGGUUAAGAAUUAUAAAGACUCUCACUUGGGAGGGAAGUCACCAGCGUAUGAUGGAAGGAAAAGCCUCUAUACUGCUGGUCCAUUACCUUUUGACUCGAAAGAGUUUGUUGUGAAUCUGGCGGAGAAAAGAGCUGACGGUUCCUCUGGGAAGGACAGACCGUUUAAAGUUGCUGUAAAGAAUGUGACAAGCACUGAUCUUUAUCAGUUGCAACAGUUCCUUGAUCGUAAGCAAAGAGAGGCUCCAUAUGAUACUAUCCAAGUGCUUGAUGUUGUUCUUAGGGAUAAGCCCUCUAAUGAUUAUGUCUCUGUUGGGAGGUCUUUUUUCCACACUAGUUUGGGAAAGGACGCAAGAGAUGGUAGGGGUGAGCUUGGAGAUGGUAUUGAGUACUGGAGAGGUUAUUUCCAAAGUCUAAGGCUGACUCAGAUGGGUUUGUCUCUGAACAUUGACGUUUCAGCAAGAUCAUUUUAUGAACCGAUUGUUGUCACUGACUUUAUUAGCAAGUUUCUGAAUAUAAGGGACUUAAACAGGCCACUUAGAGACUCAGAUCGACUUAAGGUGAAGAAAGUUUUGAGGACACUGAAAGUUAAGUUGCUUCACUGGAACGGCACAAAAAGUGCCAAAAUUAGUGGGAUUUCUAGUCUACCCAUCAGGGAGCUAAGGUUCACUCUGGAGGACAAAUCAGAGAAGACGGUUGUUCAAUAUUUUGCUGAAAAAUAUAAUUAUAGAGUGAAAUACCAGGCUCUACCUGCUAUUCAAACAGGGAGUGACACAAGACCCGUCUACCUACCAAUGGAGCUCUGCCAAAUUGACGAAGGGCAAAGAUACACCAAAAGGCUCAAUGAGAAGCAAGUGACUGCAUUGCUAAAAGCUACCUGCCAACGACCCCCUGAUAGAGAGAACUCGAUCAAAAACUUGGUUGUGAAAAAUAAUUACAAUGAUGAUCUGAGCAAGGAGUUUGGGAUGUCAGUGACUACCCAACUAGCCUCGAUUGAAGCUCGUGUACUUCCCCCACCGAUGUUGAAGUACCAUGACAGUGGUAAAGAGAAAAUGGUAAAUCCAAGGCUAGGACAGUGGAACAUGAUUGACAAGAAAAUGGUUAAUGGAGCAAAAGUCACUUCUUGGACUUGCGUAAGUUUCUCUACUCGGAUUGACCGUGGUUUACCCCAAGAGUUCUGCAAACAGUUGAUUGGGAUGUGUGUCAGCAAAGGAAUGGAAUUUAAGCCUCAACCUGCUAUUCCGUUCAUCUCUUGUCCCCCUGAACAUAUUGAGGAAGCUCUUCUCGAUAUCCACAAAAGGGCACCUGGUCUCCAACUGUUGAUUGUAAUAUUGCCUGAUGUGACUGGAUCAUAUGGAAAAAUAAAAAGGAUCUGUGAAACAGAAUUGGGGAUUGUCUCUCAGUGUUGCCAACCUAGACAAGUUAAUAAACUCAACAAGCAGUACAUGGAAAAUGUUGCCUUGAAGAUCAAUGUCAAGACUGGGGGAAGGAACACUGUUCUUAAUGAUGCUAUUAGAAGAAACAUACCUCUUAUUACUGAUCGUCCAACCAUCAUCAUGGGUGCUGAUGUGACUCACCCACAGCCUGGAGAGGACUCAAGUCCUUCUAUUGCUGCUGUUGUGGCCUCUAUGGACUGGCCUGAGAUAAACAAAUACCGAGGAUUGGUUUCUGCUCAAGCUCAUAGGGAAGAAAUUAUUCAGGACCUGUAUAAGCUGGUUCAGGAUCCACAACGUGGGCUAGUCCACUCUGGUUUGAUAAGGGAACAUUUCAUAGCAUUCAGGAGAGCUACAGGCCAGAUACCUCAAAGGAUCAUCUUCUAUCGUGACGGAGUAAGCGAAGGGCAGUUUAGUCAGGUUCUGCUACAUGAGAUGACUGCUAUCCGCAAGGCUUGUAACUCUCUCCAAGAGAAUUAUGUUCCUCGUGUUACUUUCGUGAUUGUCCAGAAACGUCACCACACACGUUUGUUCCCUGAGCAACACGGGAAUCGUGAUAUGACUGAUAAGAGUGGCAAUAUUCAACCAGGUACUGUCGUGGACACUAAAAUCUGUCACCCUAAUGAAUUCGACUUCUAUUUGAACAGCCAUGCUGGUAUUCAGGGAACAAGCAGGCCGGCACAUUACCAUGUACUUCUCGAUGAGAACGGUUUCACCGCUGAUCAGUUGCAAAUGCUCACAAACAACCUCUGCUACACGUAUGCGAGGUGUACAAAAUCUGUGUCAAUUGUGCCACCAGCCUACUACGCUCACUUGGCUGCAUUCCGUGCCCGCUACUACAUGGAGAGUGAGAUGUCUGAUGGAGGUUCGAGCAGGUCCAGGAGCUCAACAACAGGUGUGGGUCAAGUCAUUUCGCAGCUCCCAGCAAUAAAAGAUAACGUCAAGGAGGUUAUGUUUUAUUGCUAAUGAUUCACUUCUUCUCUUGCCAGUUUUAAAAGCCGUUAAUAAUUAUGAAAACUAUAUUCGGCUCUCGGUUAUCUCUUUUGGGUUUGGCUGUUAAUAUUUUGAAGGAUCUGGCCAACUUUUGCGCCUUAGGACUUAUGUUAUGCGUUUUGGUUUCAGAUGAUGACUACUUUUAUCGUUUGUGAAAAGACAAAGGGUUAAUUAUGAUUUUUUUGGACGAUGAUUUGGCUCAGUUCUUUUUACUUAUGGUAUUUUGUGCUAAUUUCUUGUUACAAUUUAU